GGCAGGCAGCGGGAGAAGAAGAGAGAGCGGACGUAUCCGUGGGUAAACGAUGCCCAGGAUAAUGUCACGGGUCUAUUCGCUCUCCCACCUCUCCGUAUCAUGAUAAACGCUGCUGGGGCGGUCGUCCGCAGGAUGCCCUCGGCGGCCCGGAGGAGCGGAUGCUGGAUAGCGUGGUGCCAGGCGGCGCUGCUCGGCAUGUCGGCGCUGGUUAUCGUGGCCGAACGGAGCGCUCUGAUCUACUGUAUCGGGUUUUAUCUUUGGAAUGAGGAGACGCAGUGGGCGGGCCUCACUCUGGGCCUCUUCCUACCGGGUACAGCGGUUCAACUGCUAAGUGUGAAAUGGUACUAUGAUGACGGUGACGACAGACGAUGUUACCUCUCUGUUAUUCACAUACUGCACUUGGGCAUAUUCAAAAGGUUGUGGGACUGCAUGAGGUCUGUGUUCCGCAUGCAGGACUCGGUGGCUGAUCUCGGAGCUGCGGUCAUGCAGCAGGCAGAUGUGGCUGCUCUCUGGCUGCUGGAGGCCCUCGUCCUCACGCUCCCUCAGAGCCUGCUUCAGGCAUACGUUGUGGUGUCAACUGAUGUGGGCAUCAUGUCCCCAGUCGCCUACUGCUGUGGCCUGUGUGUGCUGUCUAUUUCCUGGGCGCUGGUUCUUUACAGCAGAGCCUGCUGUCUGAUACGACCAGGCCAUCUGGCCAUGCCUCCGGCAGCCCUCCUGUGCCAGCUGGUGUGGAGGGCUGGCAUGCUGGGUGCAAGGGUCACCUGCCUCAUGUUCUUUGCCAGGGUCUUUAACUGGUGGGUCUGUGGUGUAGCAGGUUUCCACUGGCUCACGGCCUCCUUCUGGCUGGUUUCACAGCAACCAGACAUCUGCAACGGCCCUUGGUGUUGGCGAGCUUUUAACGCCAUCAUGGGGCUUGUCCAUGUCUUCCUCUUCCUCAACGUUAAAGACGGACCGUCACGCUUCCGCAUGGCCAGUUUCUAUGCAUUCAUGCUUGUAGAGAACGCCACUUUGCUGUUGGCUGCCUCUGACUUCCUUAGUGAAGCAUCAUGGGACAGCAUGACCCUUCCAACCACAGUGCUGUGCAGCUUUCUCCUUGGUGCUACCUCUCUGGUCCUAUACUACAGAUUCCUCCACCCAAAGUCCACAGAGAUCUCCCAGGGAAUGAACCGCAACCACAUGGGCAGCACAUGCAUAGAACAAGGGGAGUCCUCCUUCUCUCUCGGGGAUAAAAGCCUGCCCGCAACCUCCAUUCAAAACCACGGAAGCUUCUCGCUCUCAGGUGUUGCUGGAUCUCUGCUUGAGCACCCAGGAACCUGCGGAGGCCAGGCAAACAGCUGCUGCCCGUGUUACCACCACCACUGGCUCCUUAUCCGACUGGCUCUGAAAACAGGAGACCUGGGGAAGAUAAACCGAGCAUAUGGAGCCGGCGGAGCGGCAGCCAUACUGGACUUGGAGGAGUACAACCAAGAGUUUAAGAGUAAUGAGGGCAUGACUAUCACAGCAGGGGGUGAGGGCAUCUCCACCUCUGAGUCUCAGGGGAAAGGCCCUGCACCUCUCUCAGACUGUAAAGAUGAGUUCCAGAGUGUGAGCGAGCCCACAUCAACAGAGCAACCUGAGGAGGAAGACGACAGUCUGGAGAUGGAGAGCCCGAUGGAGUCACCUACAUCCGAUUUUAAACGUAGCUCACCAGAGGGAAAGUCUGUGUUCGGGGACAGUCCAGAACCUUAUUUCUGUCCAACAGAGUCAAGUUCAACCUUGUACUUCAGCGCUGAUCCUCAGUCUCCAAGCAGUGCUAGUAACCCCCGCUUGGACCGGGACAGCGUUGAACAGGGGGCACACCUAAACUCCAUACCAAGCGAUCCAGCCCUUCACAGAGAUGUACGUGGACUCAUGGGCCGCGUUGGACCACGCUGUACUUCCACUCCUAGAUUGGACUCUGGAGUGUUCGACUCCCCAUCUAGUGUCCCUCAUCUCACAGGACCCAGGAGGCAGCUUAUAAUGUCCCGGAGAGACGAGGAAGAUAGCUUCUAGCAUCAAAAGAGAGCCUUGAACAGGAGACCACCAGCUGUUUGGAAGGCUGAUUUAUUGACUCAGUGCUGUAGGAUUAGCUGGCCAGAAGAAAAAUUCACCUUUCAAUGUCGAUAUAUUCAGCACACAUUAAGGUGUACAUAUGCAACAGUUUUGGGGCAAUGCUAAGCUAGCCUGUAUUUUUCUCGACGGCUUUUUGAAACACACUGCUUUGCCUAGAUGCUGGACAAACAAAAAAUGAAACCCUCAGUGUAUUCAUCAGACAUCUUGAAGAUGCUAUAGAGGCUAGUUGGCCAAUAACGUGGCGUACAGAGCUCAGACGCACCUUCUACCUGAUAUCAAAAUAACAUUUUUUUCCAAUCGUUUGGCAGCAAUUAAUUUAAGACUCAAUAAUAACACUGUGCAAAAAGAAGAAGCACAGGUUCUGCCGGGGUGCAAUUAGAUGUUCAAGAAGUAGCGACGCGAUAAUGUCAACGCAUAUCAUUAGAAAUGUGCUGCGUCUUUAUAAUUCAGACAAAUGAGGACUCUGUGUUAUAUACACAACAGCUUCUACUCAUUUUAAUAUUCAUAGCAGCCGUGUAAAUGGAGGAGUAGUCUCGAUGUAAAGGAGACUGAAAGGUUUGACCUCUGCAACAUUAGUAUCUGAGUGUGAGCCAGAGCUUUGUUGACUUAUUAAAAAGCACAAGUAUCUACUGUACGAUAAUUCUUUUGCUGUGGUUUUUUUUUGGUAUUCCCGUUUUAAAAACCAUCCCAAUUUUUAAAGAACAAUGUGCUGUUUUUUGUAUAAUCAUGUCAACUGACAUUGCAUUACGCAGGGGCUAAUGUGUCAACCUGGCAAAGCUGUGAUAUUCAAUGUUUUAACUUGACUUACAUGUUGACCAUGUAAUUAAUACAAUGUUUUUUGACUUGCCAUUACGUUGGGAGAAAAUAUCAUGUCUCAGGCACUGACUUUUCAAAAGCUUUCAAAUGUCUUAUGUGUGACGAAAGGAAAAAAUGCUGUUGAAGUAGUUGUCGUAAUCUUUUUUGUUAUCUCGAUUUCUUUUUCUAGGGGACAAAUGCUUUUUUUUUUUUUGCUUAUUUGCUGUUCUGUGAAAAGGGAUGAAAUCCAUCGACAAAACAGUGAUGUGUUGCUGGGUUUCUCUUGCAGCCAGUUGACUGCCUAUACUCAACUUUGAACUGUGAAGUGAAAGGCCACUGGUGGCUUAAAUGAGCAAUAAAUACCCUUUUUAUUCGGGUGA